GAGCUGGAAGAGGAGAAGCUUGGGUUGUCCCGCCCGGUCUCGCGUGCUGCGCCUGCGCCGCAGAUGAGCUCAGGGUCGAUGCUGAAUGUGGCCGAGAAUCAGAAGCGUGCACGCGUGAAGCCGCGGCGGGCUCCCACACCCGACCUGGUGGAGCGGCCGGAGUUUGCCGGGCUCCUCCACCUCCUGAUGCACUCCUUGAUGCGCAACAAAGACUGGGCCGGUGUGAUAAGCCUGGCCGAAGAGGUCUUCUCGAACGGAGAGUGCCAGAAGCAGCUGCUGGAGGAUGACAAAGACAGCGUCCGGCUUCGAAAAGCCGUGGCCACACACAAGAUUGAGUUCAAGAAGCCCAUCGACGCCAG